GUCAGUGAUGUUAAUAUCUUUGGUAGGGCAAAAAAAAAGAGAAAAAGAAUGUUUUAGAAAUGCUUGUAUAGAUAUAAAUAUGCUACAUUUCAGUAAAGAAAUUGUGGUGUAGUUUUCCAGUAAUAAUAGGGAUUAACUCGCUACUACUAUAGGGAUUCAAACCAUAACCUUUUUUUUUGGUGUAUAUCAGAAUUUAAAACAGUUUAGUUGUAAAUACUAAAAUUAACAGCGCAUGCUCCAAAAUCCAAGUCUAGUAUUUGAAAAUAAUAAAAAGAAAAGGUUUUCAUCUCAAUUUUAAAUUUAGUUUAGAAAGUGCUUUUCCCCCAUUGUCAUUGUUGAUGUUGUUUUUGUUUUAAAUCCAUUAAGUGCAAAUCAUUGGAUAUCCCAUGGACGAAAACACCAAUAUCUAAUUUGUUGGAAUUCACCUUUCAGUGAAUAAGAUGUCUAUGAAAUCUGUUGUAAACAUGCCACCUAUCUUGCAUCGAAUUCAGAAGUGAGCAUAACACUUAAAUAAGAGUAAUUACCCAAAUUAGUCCCCGAGAAUUUUAAAAUCGGACGUUUUAGUCUCCGAAAAAAAUUAAUACCCAAAUCAGUCCCCAUGGUUUAUCUCCGACGGCCAAAACAAUUCCCAGACCCAUUUCUCCAUUUUAUGCCACCGGAAAAAGCUGAAGUGGCACAGUUACUCUCCAGCGUGUCCAGCAAUAAGAAGAGGUGUCAUAGAAGGACAAAUUAGUCCCCAGCCACCUCAUUAAAAUGGCGUCGUUUAGGGCUUGGAACCAAACGUACGUUGAGUUUUAGUGGGAGACACAAAGUCAGGCUUCUUCUUCUCAACUUCAAUCCCUUUCUAUUCAUAUAGAAACCAAACCCCACACAUUCUUCAAACUGUUACAGAGAAGGUGGCUGUCAAUCCUUCGCACCUAAUCUCCCAGAGCAGCUGAAGAAUUCGAUCACCAACGCUAGCAUUGGGUGACUCUGUUGACGCGCAACAAUUGGCGCGCAAGACGGAGGGAAGUGGAUGUUACGAUCGUUGAACACGCUCAUUGAGGAAGUUAGAUGGAGGAUUAUGUAGUUCCUGUUUUCCACCAUGGUGGACAUUUUGUAAGGGAUAACCAGGGAGUUCUUCUAUAUAUUGAUGGAAAAGUUGACAAAUUUCCUAAGAUGGAUAUUGACCUCAUAUGCUUCUUUGACCUGGAAACUCUGUUCAAAGGUUUAGGCUAGUUAGAUUACAAGGCUAUGUACUGGUUUGAUCCUAAGGCUCCUGACUUGGAGAGGGGGCUGCACCCUAUAAAAGGAGAUUUGGAGAUUAAUCAUUUGCGUGAAAAUAAACAGAUGAACCAGGAGACUGACGAGUUUUAUCUAUAUUUCGAUCACCCAAUAAUGGUUACUCCACCAGAGGACAUCAAUUUGGACUUUGAUGCUGAUGCAGAUGUUGAGGAAGAGUCUAGUGAUGACGGGUAUGAAACGACAGAGGAUGAACCAUAUAGACCACCCUCAGCAGGAUUUGAGGAUGAAGAUAGUGACUCAGAUUGUUUGAUUGUGAAGAGAAAUACUAGAAAAGUUGGCAAAAAAACAGAGAAUGGUGUAGGAAUGCAGAGUUCACAGGGGAAUAUAGGUGCAAGAAGGAAGGCUUUAAAAGAGAAUAAGAAAGCUACAGAUGGGCCAAGUACAAUCAAGACAAAUACUAAUGGAGCUACUACUUCUAGAUCAAAGUAUGCAGGCCCAAACAUGUCAAGGGCUGCUGUUGCUGCUAGGCCCAACAUUAGGGCUCCAAAAAAUGCUGGACAAAAAGGUCAUGGGUCAACUUCAUCUGACCCAACUGCAAAUGGGCCAAAAACUGUUAGAACAAGGGCUGGAUUGCCAAAUUUUGAGGCUGCCAAUGCUGCUAAAGCUACUAAUAGUAGUAGUGAAGAUGAGGCUGAGGAAAAUAUUGAAGAAGAAGAUCCAAUUUUUGAGUAUGAAUCAGAGACAUUAUUGACUCCGGAAAGCUCUGAAGAUGAGAGAGAUAGGUAUGAAUUCCCUCAAUUUAAUGAAGGUGUUGAAUUUGGGGAGGUAAACUUUGAGUUGGGAAUGGAGUUUGCCACAAUUGAAAGUUUUAAGAAUGCUCUUAAGGAUCAUAUAAUUUUUGAGGGGAGAAAAAUUAGGUACAUAAAGAAUUAUCAAAGGAGGGUUAGAUGCAAUUGUGAACAUGGGGUGGAGAGGAUUAAAAAGCCAAGAAAGCCAAAGGAGCAAAGUAAUGUUUCAGGUGAGCACAAUGUGAAUGAAGCUGCUAUGACUGAAGAGACUGUGACAACUAAGGCUACCAAAGUUGACGUUGGGGAUAUGAAUGCUGGAACUAAGGAUUGUGUUAAAAAUGGAACUGGUAGUGCCAAAUUGAAUCCUUGUCCAUGGCUAAUUUAUUGUGCAUGGAAUAAUCAGCUUAAGAGUUACCAAAUCAAGACUUAUACCAAAUCAAGGCGUCUCGGUAGAAACAAUUGCAGCGACAAGUGAGGGUACUACAUCAAAGAUGUUCCAGUUUAUUCCAAAUCCUGGUUCAAGCAUCCUAGACAGAAGUGAAUGAUAACAAAUGAUUAUGCUUUUUGAUGUAAUAGUUUGGUUUGUAUUUUGGUAAUGAGCUUUCAAGUUGAUGGACCUAAACUUGAAAUACUCUUAAUUUAGAGAUUGAUGAUAGAGUAGUGUGGAUGAAACUUUUUUUGUGAAUUAUGUUUCGGUUCAUGUAUGGCCGAAUUCUGACUUUAGUUUAAGUUGCUACUAUGACAGUUAUGUUGUUUUUAUUAGGUCGAAUCUGUGACUUGCAUUCUAUG